AUGGUAAUGGGUUUUAAUUUCAAGGAGAUUAAGACAAAGAAGACUUUGAUUGGACUUGGAUUAGGACAGAUCAUUUCACUUCUAGGUACCUGUGCUUCGUUUACAUCGUCUGAGCUCGCAAGAAAAGGAAUUAAUGCUCCAACAACACAAUUACUCCUCACUUACAUGUUACUGGCAAUAGUCUAUGGAGGUAUCAUGUUGUAUCAAAGACCCACAAUCAAGGCAAAGUGGCAUCACUAUUUCCUCCUUGCUUUAGUUGAUGUGGAGGCAAGCUUUCUCAUGGUGAAGGCGUUUCAGUACACAUCAAUAACGAGUGUGAUGCUACUGGACUGCUGGUCUAUCCCUUGCGUUUUGGUGUUGACUUGGGCGUUCCUGCACACAAAAUACCGACUGAUGAAGAUUAGUGGUGUGGUUAUCUGUAUUGUUGGUGUCGUCAUGGUAGUCUUCUCUGACGUUCACGCAGGAAGUCAAGCAGGAGGAAGUAAUCUUGUGAAAGGAGAUUUGCUUGUGAUAGCUGGAGCAACCUUAUAUGCCGUCAGUAAUACAACCGAGGAGUUCCUUGUGAAGAACGCAAACACAGUGGAGCUGAUGACAUUUUUAGGAUUUUUCGGCGCCGUUAUUUGUGCCAUUCAGAUAGGCAUACUUGAACGUGGUGAGCUUAAAGCUAUUCACUGGUCAGCUGAUGUUGUUAUUCCUUUUGUUAGAGUGGCAGUCACGAUGUUCCUCUACUACGCAUUACUCCCGGUUUUACUCAAGACCAAUGGCGCAGCAAUGUUCACCCUCUCGUUACUCACAUCAGACAUGUGGGCUGUUUUGAUCCGCAUUUUCGCUUACCACGAGAAGGUGGAUUGGCUCUACUACUUGGCUUUUGCUACUACAGCUAUUGGACUGAUCAUAUAUUCAAUGAAGGAGAAAGAUGAGGAGGAACAAAGAGAUGACGUGCAGAGGAAGCUGCUCCAUGAGGAGGAUGGUGAAACACUUUCAGCUUCAUAG